AAUCGUGAAGCGAGUAACGGCGUGUAAUGUGAUGACAGAGGGAACACCGACGAGAUGCCCUUAGAAACAAGAGUAUAAAAUAAACCAGUAACAGAAACAAACACGCAGCUCCACAACGCAAGCAGAAAGCGAAGAACUAAUAGCCAAAACAACAACAACGAACACACAGGGAAGAAGCCUUGGUGUUGUUUCCAUAUUCUUCCUUAACGGAUCGGGCUCAAAACCGUUCUAAUUCAUUAUUGGAUUUUUGCUUCUUCGAUCUUCUCGGUGUCGUUUUGCUUCCUCCUUUAGUUCUUGUCAUCUCUUCGAUCUAUCUUUGAUUUAGUUUUGUUUUUUUGGAUUUUUACCGGAGAAUCUUACCUUUUCUUUUCUUUUUAGUUUGCAAAACAAAUCUGAUUCUAUGUUUGUUUGGUUACUGAGAAAAUGCAGCAAAGGAAACUGACAAAAAAUUAAAGCUUCAUUGUUCUAAGUACAGUGGAGUUAUUCCUAGAGAGUGGAAGAGAUAAUGUCUAGUUGUUUUCUUAUAGUGUGAAAUGGGCAUAGAAGUUACUGACGACUGCAUGGACAAGGAGCCAAAUUGUGUCAUCGUUUAUUCAAAUGGUGUCUCCUACGAUCCAACUCAUGAAACUGUUCCUGACGACCAUGGUGUUCUGGAAUCCUAUGAACCUAUCAAUGGUGUUCCAGAGCUCCAUAGCUCAGAGGAGAGUACUGAAGCGAAGGAAUAUGUGGUGAAGGAAUGUACCACUGAAGUCUCAGUUGAGGUUACUGAGCUUUCCCAUGCUGAAAAAAGCAAGGAAGACCAGACUGUAGUAUGCUCAAAUUUUGAGGAUGGCUUGAAAGUGGAAAAGGUCAAAGCACUAAACCGAAAAUCUAAGGAUAUCAGUCAGAAAAAAUCGUCUACAAAGCGUGCAUCAAAACCUGCUCCUGCUGGACAUGCUCGAACAAAACAUACUGUUCCGCAGCCAUUUGCCCUAGCAACUGAAAAGCGUGCUUCACUGGGAAUGCGUCCUUCUGGCGAGCCUGAUAUCACCAAUGGUGUAAGCAACUCAUUCAAGGCAAACAAUGUGCUACGUCCAAACCCUAUAAAGCAGAACCAGCCACUUUCUGUGUCAAGGAAGCCAUUGCAACCAAAUAAUAAGAAGCAUCCAGAUGAGGAAGAUAAUUGUUCUGUCACUUCCUCCACCACAGCAUCUGCACGGCCUGCUAAGUCCAAGCCAAUUGCUGUGGCAGUCCCUGUAUUUAGAUGCAAUGAACGUGCUGAAAAGCGGAAGGAGUUCUAUUCAAAAUUAGAGGAAAAGCAUCUAGCAUUGGAGGCUGAGAAAACCCAAAGUGAAGCAAGGACCAAGGAAGAGAAGGAGGCAGCCAUCAAGCAACUGAGGAAGAGUUUGAUGUUUAAGGCUAGCCCAAUGCCAAGUUUCUACCAUGAAGGACCACCGCCUAAGGUUGAACUAAAAAAGCUGCCACCAACACGUGCAAAAUCACCAAAAUUGGGCCGAAGGAAGAGCUGCAGUAAUGGAGUGAAUUCAUCUCAGCCAGACAGAGUGAAAGGAGCUUGUGGUGAUGGAAAUAACCAAAGUCAGGGUAUUUUCAGAGAAGAUGCCAGCAACCCUGUUUCUCAGCACAGUAUCCCAAAAGGCCAUGUCAUUUGCAAAUUUGAAGAUGAAACUAGGCAAAUGGAAGGGAUAGAUGAGUUGAUUCCACUUGAGGUAAGUGGACAGAGUUUUGCAGGCAUUGGUCUUAAGUCUUAAUAUGGUGGUGAGUUCUUAAUUCUUAAUUUACGAGAAGACAAAAUGUCCCCAUUUUUCUCCUUCUGCGACUGCUUGAAGAAUGUGAAUGUUGUUCCCUUUUAAGUUGCAAGGACUUGUUGCGGUGUUUAUGUAAUGUAUCAAGUGUAAAUUUCCUGUAACUUAUGCUAUCUAUGUAAAGCAUUCCCUUUUUUCUGUAAACGGCUUGCAUUUUGCACUUUUGUUGGGUAAUCUUCACUGCUGGGGAU